AUGUAUAUGCGCGCAUCCUCUCCUGCACCUGUCAUAAUUCCGACGAUUGAGCUAAUGACUUAUUUCGAGAAUAGUCCGGGAGCGUGUGGAAUACCGAUUUCGAACGAAAAACUCGUGGGUCUUGUGCAAAUCUCACUUAAUAAAGACUACUUUGGGAGUGGGUCGAAGAAUCCUCACUGCAAUAAGAAUAUUAUUAUAAAAGUAGGCGGCAAGACGGCCAAAGGAGUACUUGCCGACAAGUGUAUGACCUGCUUUGACGCUGACCUGACACCAGCUUUGUAUGCCGCUGUGGCGCCUGAUGGCACAAACACUGAUCCACAAAAAGGUCCUAUCCCAAAGUUGAACGGAUCAUGGACAUUUGACGAUUAG